AUGUAUAAAAUGGAGUACUCUUACCUCAACUCGUCCGCCUACGAGUCGUGCAUGGCCGGCAUGGACACGUCGAGCCUGGCGUCGGCCUACGCGGACUUCAGCUCGUGCAGCCAGGCAGGCGGCUUCCAGUACAACCCCAUCCGGACCACCUUCGGAACCACCGGCGGAUGCCCGUCGCUGGCGCCCGGUUCCUGCAGCCUGGGCUCGCUGAGGGACCACCAGAGCAGCCCCUACGCGGCAGUUCCAUACAAGCUAUUCACGGAUCACGGAGGUCUCAACGAGAAGCGCAAGCAGAGGCGCAUCAGGACCACCUUCACAAGCGCGCAACUCAAGGAGCUGGAGAGGGUCUUUGCCGAGACCCACUAUCCGGACAUCUACACACGGGAGGAGCUGGCCCUUAAGAUCGAUCUGACCGAAGCCAGAGUGCAGGUUUGGUUCCAGAACCGACGGGCGAAAUUCCGUAAACAGGAGCGUGCAGCAGCGGCUGCCGCAGCCGCAGCCAAAUCCAACUCGGGCAAAAAGUCGGACCCAAGAGAUGACGACAGUAAAGACGCCAAAUCCACCGACCCGGACAGCACGGGGGGCCCCAACCCGGUGACGACCUCCAACUGCGGAGGUCCCAGCCCCACCGGCGUGCAAGUGAACGGCGGCAACGGCGGACAGGCGGAGGCCGGCAAGGGCGCCGUGUCGUCCGGCAUGGGGGUGACGGGGGUAGGGGUGACGUCGCCGGGCCAAGGCUGGGCCUCCGCUCCGGGGACCAUCACCUCCAUCCCGGACUCGCUUGGCGGCCCCUUCGCCAGCGUCUUGUCGUCCUUGCAAAGACAGAACGGAGCCAAGGCUGCCUUAGUCAAAAGCGGCAUGUUCUAA